GGAAGUGACGCUAUUAAAACUCUGGCCGUCUCCUUCCGCCGCGGGGCCGGGGCCAGGCAGGCGCUUGGCGUGUGCUGGCGUCUCCGCGCGCGCGGAGGGAUUCUGGGUAACGGCCCCCCCCACCGGGGGCGGCGGCUGUGGGGCAGCCGGUUCCGGUCUGCCGGGAGGCAGUUGAAGGUGGCGGUUUGCCGGGCCGGGGGGAGCGGGGCUAUGGAGCGGCCGUGGCCGCCGCCUGGACCCUGGAACCUCCCCCGGGACGGCGGUGAGGCUGACGAGGAGACGGAGCUGGAUGUGUCUCCCGGCUCCUCCCGCUUCCCGCAGCCGCCUGGAGACAGCCCCCAGAUGUAUAGCCAAGGGAUUGAACUGGCUUGCCAAAAGCAGAAAGAGUUUGUGAAAAGCUCUGUAGCGUGCAAAUGGAAUCUAGCUGAAGCUCAGCAGAAACUUGGUAGUUUAGCACUGCAUAACUCUGAAUCCCUGGAUCAGGAACAUGCCAAAGCACAAACAGCAGUGUCAGAACUGAGGCAAAGGGAAGAAGAGUGGAGACAAAAAGAAGAGGCCCUGGUACAGCGAGAGAGAAUGUGUUUGUGGAACAUGGAUGCCAUUAGCAAGGAUGUUUUUAAUAAGAGUUUUAUUAAUCAAGAUAAAAGUAAAGAAAUAGAAGAUGAAGAUAAAUCCAAAUCAUUUAUGCAGAAAUAUGAGCAAAAGAUUAGACAUUUUGGUAUGCUAAGUCGAUGGGAUGAUAGUCAGAGAUUCUUGUCUGACCAGCCUUACCUUGUGUGUGAAGAAACUGCGAAGUAUCUCAUCUUGUGGUGUUUUCAUCUAGAAGCUGAAAAGAAAGGAGCUCUAAUGGAACAAGUAGCACAUCAAGCUGUCGUAAUGCAGUUUAUUAUGGAAAUGGCCAAAAACUGUAAUGUGGAUCCACGAGGGUGUUUUCGUUUAUUUUUCCAGAAAGCCAAAGCUGAAGAAGAGGGUUAUUUUGAAGCCUUCAAAAAUGAACUUGAAGCAUUCAAGUCAAGAGUAAGACUCUAUUCUCAAUCACAGAGUUUUCAACCUAUGUCAGUUCAGAAUCAUGUUCCCCACAUUGGUGUUGGAUCUAUAGGUGUAUUAGAAUCCUUACCACAGAAUCCAGAUUAUCUUCAGUAUUGUACAAAUACAGCGCUCUGCAGCUUAAAUUCCAUGGUUCAUAAAGAGGAUGAUGAACCGAAAAUGAUGGACACUGUAUAGUUCAGUUAAGACUGCUGAGGCCAAGUGCUAUUUUGUUACAAGAAAGGAAGAACUUGGCUAUUUUCUUGACACUUUUAUGGGUGCUGCACUUUAUUUUUGUUUGGUUUUUGAUGGGAGGGGAAGAGAGUACUGAAACAUUUUGUAAUUUUCUUUCUCUUUAUUUUUUUUUUGGAAAAUAUGCUGCUAGGUUUUUUGUUUUGUUUUUGUCUUUUGGGGGGGAGGGUUUUUUUUUUUCCCUUGGAGGGAGGAGAGGUACACCAUAUGUUGCAGGAUGUGAAACUGGACUCUUUUUUGGCUACUAAAUUUGCCUUUAAUCUUACUGUUCUCAAUUUUGGAAUCAAAGUAUGAAAAUCUGCACAAAUACAAUGUUUACAAGAACUGGUUGAUUCUAGGAGGCAUCUGCUACAGUCUCUUUUUAUAUAGACAUUCGUGUCCUACUCUACAAAGACAAUUAAAGAUAAAAUGUACUUGUAUCAUAUUGCUAACUUAGAUGUCAAAUCUGGUGUUUCAUCAUAUUAAAAGCAAUAAAUCAAUAACUGAUAUCCACUUAACGGAACUGAGUGGUAAGCGAUUAAAACAAAUAUCUUACCUUAUUAGGAUUAAAUUUUUAUUUUAUUUUUUAUCUCCAAGAUAUCUGUCAGUUCUAGCCUUUAAAUGGAUGUAGUAACAACAACUCAUGUUUUCUAUGGUGUUAAGGUUUACAAAUCACUUUCCUCAUGAUAAUAACCCUGUGAGGGUAGGUGGUGCAAGUGUUUUUAUCUUACUCAUUAGGAAACCAUGGCUGUCCAAGGUCAUGUGGUCACACAGCUAGGAAGUAUUGAUCAGAGGUGGGAUUCAAACCCAAGUCUUCUCUUUCUGCUACACCAGGAUGUAAUUUGAUAUUUUAAAAGAUUCACCCCAGUGUCUAUUCAAAGCUGCAUUGAAUAAAUGGUAUUCUUUACUAGGUGAUUUUACUUGAUUAUCACACUAACCCUUCAUUAAAAACAAAAGACAAACCUCAAACUCUAGAGCACUCUUCAAAAUUGGUAAAGUGCCGUCCUCACAACAGUCCCGUGUGAGGCAAGUAGUGCAGGUGUUACUUUCUCCCCGUUUGCACACGAGGAAACUGUAAUUAAAGAGAGUUAAAACAAUUUCCCAAAGGUCACAAGGCUAGUAAAAGGGCCAAACCUGGACUUAAGGCCAGGUCUUCCAACCUGAAAUCCAGUGCUCUCUCCACCAAACCACAAUACACAUUGCUCAUCAUAGUUAUUGCAGAAUUUUUAAAAAUUUCACCUAAGCCCUUCUUUAGAAUAAGAACAACUUAACUCUUCAUGUUUAACUUCAUUCCACUAGAUGACCUGAAAAUAUUGGGCAGAAGUGGGGGUGGGGGGUGGGGAGGGGAGGAUCCAUAAAUGGCCUGUAGACUACAUGUACAGUACCUUCAAGUUAUAGGAUAAUUCGAUUUUUUUAAAAUGGCAUUGCUUAUUUUAUUCUGUUAUGAGAAUUUAAUCCCUUGAGCAUAUUGUUAUUAAGGAUAACUCACAUUUACAUAGUGCUUUAAGGGGUAAGUGGCAUCAUACAAAGUUGAGGGACUAAAACUGCUCAAUAAAAGCUAGCUUUUUCCUUACAAAUGUGGUUACUUUGUCACAGUGGUAAAUUUCAUUAAACUCUAACCCAAUCAUGGGAAA